AUGGACGAAGAAGUGUAUGACCAAGUGUUAAAGUUCGAGGAUGAACUUUACAAAGAAGAAGAAUGGGAGUCCGAUGCAGAAAGACAGAUGAGCGAUUCUCAAGAUUUAUUAUUAAGUCAUGUUUACUAUAAUAGUAAAUUGACAGCUCCAAAUCUAGCUCAAUCUAAUAAUAAAUCCUCUGGGAACUCUUUGGUUAAUGGGAGGAGUAACACACUACGGACAAGUUCAAAAGAAGGUGAACUUCUAAUGACUCCAAAACCAAAAAAUAAUAAACAACAGUACGAUUCAUCAAUCUCUACUUAUUCUAGAGACCGUAAAGGAAAGAGUAAAGUAGACGUUGAUGAAUUUCGUACACCCUCCCCUUAUACUACUGCGAGAAAUGAACGUUUCGUGACUCCUGAGCCUAAGUGUAACAAUAACAAAAGUAAUAAUGCGCACUAUGAUUCAACAUCGUCUAGAGUUAAGGGGAAGAAUAAAGUUGAUGAAUUUCGCAAUCCUUCUUCAUCCACAAGUAAACAAAUAAAAGAUGGCACACAUCCCGAUACAAUUAUAAUAAGUGACGAUAGUGAUAUCGAAGCAUCAGCAGCAGACACCACGCCUAGUAAUCGAAUUCAUCAUUCAAGUACUAAUAGCACUUCGAUCAAAACCCCGGAAACUGAUUCGAAAUAUGCAAUUGGACGUACCAAGGUCAAAAAUAGCAAAGCAUCAACUCGUAUACUGGGAUCAAAGAAACGAAUACAACUUGGUGAUACAUCAGAUUCCUACUCGUCUUCCGACAACGAAUAUAAACUAUCUAUACAACCAACCAGUGUACUUUCUACACCUUCAACAGAUCCCACAAACAGCACUACCAUCACUAAUACUACCAAUACGCCUGAAGGAAUUUUCGUCAAAGAAAUAAUAACACCAGUCACAACUCCCAGUCGAUUCAUGAAACCGACGCUAUCGAGUGGUGAAUACAAUCUUCCAGAACGAUCACCAUUGGCAAAACGUAACAAUAAAGCCAGCAACAACAAUCGAUAUUUUAAUCUUCCACCACGUUAUUGUCGAACAUGUAAUGAAUCAGGGCAUUUAGAACAGAAUUGUACAAAAGCAGAUAAUUGGUCACAUACCAAUAAUGAAGAUGAUGACGACGACAAUAAUGACCCCAACGAUUUAACUACUAAAUGGAAAUAUUAUGUAUAUAUCCCGAAUUCUGUCGAUGGUCCUGAUCCAGGAGGACCAUCUCCUGUGUGUUAUCAAUGUGGAGGGCGCGGUCAUUAUGGCGACGACUGUCCUGGAAAGAAAGUGAGAGGUAAAGAUAGGAGAAAUCAUGCUUCUAAGUCCACUAGUAGACAAGAUGAUCGCUCUAAGCGGCGACGGCGGCAAGAUGACUAUGAUCGAUACGAUCCGUAUUAUUCAUCAGAUGGUGAAUAA